GUAUCCCUGAUGGGGAGUCUCUCUUACGAGCCGUAUAGGUGACAAGACUUUCUAAUCACCAAUGUUAAAAUUUUGGAUAAAAUUAGUAACUAGUUCAAUCAUACUACUGUAACAACUCAAAUAUUAAUAAAUAAAUUAUUUUUCUGUGAUAAGAUCAUUCGCAAGUUGUUGAAAAGCAUGAAACAUUCUGUUACGACGGAAAUGGACCCCAUGCAAGCAAACGACGAGUCACAGGUGGAAAGGGACGAUCACGAGAAGUCGAACGUGGGGCCCGAGAGGGUCAAGGAGCCUAGGCCAGAGGAGACACGUGGGGUGAGCGAAUCUAUAAGCUCCUUCGAGGGUUUCUUUGCGGUUCUUUACCUCGUCGCUUUUCUUGAACCGCCAGCCAUCUACCCAGCGAUGGUAGAUUUCACCCAUGCAUGGGAAAGUGAUCCCAGGAUUCCAGAAUCAUUUCACCCAGCGAUGGGUAAGCAGCCUUCAGCCCAAUUGAAUUCCAGAACCAUGCCAAACAGCGAUGGGAAGCUCUACCCAUCGUUGUUCAAGCCUUGGUCCAACAUUAUCACAAGGCAGAAUGCCCUUACCCAGCGAUGGGAAGCUUUACCCAUCGAUGGGAACCUAGCGAUGGGAAGGCUUAACCAUCGAUGGGAAGGCAUGACCGUUGGAAGAUUAAGCAAAGGACACUCCACUGUUAGACCUCCACUCUUCGAUGGAACAAACUACACCUAUUGGAAGGAAAGAAUGAGGAUUUACAUUCGGUCAAUCAACUUCCAACUGUGGUUAAUCAUCAAAAACGGUGAGACGAUGCCAAUGAAAAAGGUUGGUGAAACCACCAUCCCAAAGACGAAGGAAGAAUAUGAUGCUGAAGACAUCAAGAAGGUAGAAGCUUUUGAAAAAGCUAAACACAUGAUUUUUUGUGCAAUUAACCCGGAUUACUACCGGAAAAUUUCUUCUUGCUCCACCGCAAAAGAAAUGUGGGAUAAGCUUGAAGUGACCUACGAAGGUACGCCUCAAGUUCGUGAAGCUAAAAUUGAUUUUCUAACCCAUGAAUAUGAGUUGUUUAAAAUGAAGGAAAUUGAAAGCGUUGAUCAAAUGUUCGUCCGAUUUUUAAAGAUCAUCAACGAUCUCCAUGUCCUUGGUAAAACAUACUCGAACAAAGAUCUUGUUCGAAAAAUCCUUUGGAGCCUAACACCGGAAUGGCAUUCAAAAGUCAAUGCCAUAUAUGAGUCGAUUGGUAACACCAAUGUCACCAUUGAUGGUCUUCGAGAUAAUCUUAAAACUUAUGAAUCCACUAUUCUUAAAUCUUCUCUUGACAACAGUCCCGGUCUCGCUCUCAAAGCCUCAUCCUCAAAAAGGGUAGAGGUAAGUGACUCCGAUAGCGAUGACCAUAAUCCUUCUUAUAACUUGCUCGAGAAGUUCCAAGAGUUUUUGAAGGAAGAACUUGGGUCCCGAGAUUGUAAAAGAAAGGGGGAACCCCUUCCAACGUGCUUUGGUUGUGGAGAACUUGGCCACAUAAAGCCAUAUUGCCCAAACCGCAAGGAAAAGAAAAAGAAGGAACGAGCAUACAUGGCAUGGGAUUCAGAAAGUUCUGGUGACGAAACUGCCACCUUAUGUCUUAUGGCUCAUGAACGAAAUGGAGAGCUUUCUAGAGCCAAUUUGUGAAGUUUGAGUUGUUCUUGAGCGUAUAUAGUUUACUCAACAUCUACUCUUAAAGAGAGUCUUGUUCUUGAGUGUUCUUAGUGUUGUAAACACGUUUAGGGAAGCUUGUUUCCCUUGGUUGUACGAAUGAAAGACCGGCACAAAAUUCCAAAUCUUGGCUCUCUAGGCUCAAUUCAUAAAAAUCUCUUUUACAUGUUCAAAAAUAUUUUUCUUAAGUUUAAACUUGGGUCAAAAC